AUGGAGCAACAGAACGACGCUAUUGCCUCGCCGCCGUCACUCACAGCAGCGAAGCAGCCGCCGACUGCUGGACGACCCCUCGGCGAGGCGAAAGGCGGGACCGAUGGCCGGAAUUCGCCACUCUCGCCCAAACGGAGGCUCCAGCGCAGACGCCGAACUACCGCCGCAGACCCUUCGCCAGCCAGAUCCCACAAGCGUUCACCUCACCGCACAAGUCCCAGCAGACGUGCCAGCGCCAGUCGCAGCCGAACUUCACCGCUGCCCAGUCCCAAAUUCGAUAACGCCCGGGCCAGGCAGGAACGCAAUGCGAGGCCUUCGCCCGGCAGGGCCCGCCGCCGCACGGCGACCCUUGGCCAGAGCAGCGGGUCUCCUCCUCCUUCCGCCGAGAAGAUUCCCCGGACGCUGCAGCCGCUUCCUCGCCCUGUUACGACAGGGGCCCCGCGAUCUGCGUUAACUGAUGCAGGCACCGUCGGCCGCCUCACAAGUGCGCCGAUCGACCUCAACGCGGCGUCCGCCGUCGAAGCCACCGACCACGGAGGUGUCCUGCCGGCGGGAACCUCGGGAACUGCGGCUGCAGGCGCAGAAGCUGCAGCAGUACCUGGACGCGACCAAGCAGCCCACGGAAUGGACGCGACAAACGUUCCCUCUCUCCUCCAAAAAAGAUUCUCCCGUGCGAUCUGGCCUUUCCACUUAGGAUCGGCUACCACGAAAGAGCAAGUAUCGCCAGGUCGGAGUGCAAGCACUGGGAAUUCUACCUUUACGAUUUACGACCCUAGAACCCGAUCCACAGCGGCAUUGACUAGCACGGUCACCCGCAGAAACCACACACGGCGGAAGACGGGAUGCGUCGUCGGCAUACUCUCUUGCGUCCUGCUGGCGUUGAUGCUGGUCGUCGGGAUCGUCAAGAUCGCGCUGUCCCCUUCGUCCGCAGCCUACAAGCACUGCGUGGCGCACGCCUGCCGAGCCUACUCCCGCCAAAUCAUCUCGUCCAUCAACCGAUCGGUGGACCCGUGCGUCCACUUCACUCGCUUCGUCUGCGAUGGCUGGCAGGGGCACCAUAACCUGGACGUCUGGGAAAGGCGCUUUCUGCACUUCAUCAACCGCCUGGACGCCAGGCUGAAAAGCAUCGACGUCCCUGCAGCACGACAGAAUGAAGAACAACGGGCGGCCGCCGUCUACCGCAGCUGCGACAACGUGUACAGUGGCAAAAGCGACGAGUUGCCCGCUCUCAAAGCCGCGCUGGCUCUUGCAGGCAUCGUCUGGCCGCAGCCGUACCGAGGGGCGGACGCUCUGUUCGCGUUGCUCUACAGUUCCCUCAAGCUGGGCUGGGACGCCGUCGCGAGCUUCCGCGUCGCCCCACGUUCCGGCGAGGCGGAGGACGAACUGGUCGUCAGUCAAGGCACAUCUUUCGGCCUGUUGCGCGAGUGGUUCGCGCAAGAAAGAGCGACGGCCGUACAGCGAGACUACUACGAAUAUAUUAGGAGCCAGCUUACCGGCGAAAACGGCACGACAGUCGACGACGAGGUCUCGUACGAGUUCGUGUGGGACAUCGCAACGCCGGUAACGGACGCCCUCGGGCCUUUCUUUGGCUUCUCCGAAGCGGCACCUCUACCGGCCAACUGGUUGGCGAACUCAUACGGUGCGAUUCUCACGGAAGCGCGCUGGAUAGAAGCUCUGCGCCGAGUCGACAUCACCCUGCCUGGCGGCUUGCGAAUAUUGGCCGAAAACCGUCCCUUCUUCGAAACCCUACUCCGCAUGUGGGAGCACUACGGCGAAGACAAUUUCCACCUGUUCGUCUCGUGGUGCACGGUACAGGUGGCCGUCCUUUAUGCGAACAGGGGCCUCAUUCUAAACUACUACAGAGAGAUUCCCAACAGGGCGACACUGUACUACAAAGCUUUCUGCGUCAGCAGGGCCGUCUUCUUCUCGCAAGCAAUCAUCGCGAGAUACAGUGGCGACGUCCUCAAGGGUAGCGCAGCCGUGGUCGCAAAAGAAAUAGCGCUGUCCGUGCGUCUGGCCUUUUCGCACCGUCUGUCCACCUGGCCUUACUACAACGAAAACGUAACGGUGGUCGCGAACUGGAGCUCGUUGGAGUCUGCCUUCCGCCACAUUGAAUAUGACAACGAAAGAAGAACUGACGGUAUAGCGAGGGACGACAUGCCGGACAUGACCGACUCUUUUGUGGCGAACUGGCAGCAUUCGGUACGCUUGAAUAAGACACAGCAAACGGUGCAACUGGCGUAUGCGAUGAGGCGCCUGUGGUUCUUCUUCUCCCCUUUAGGCGAUAAUGAUUUUCACAUGAUGCCGUACACACUGGCCUUCCCGUUUUUAGACCCGAAUCUACCGACUGCUGUUAACUUCGGAGGCUUCGGAAGCGAAGUGGCGACCGCCCUGGGAUCCCUCUUUAUCGGAUCUUACAUGGCAUACGGCAACGCGACUGAUGACUUCUUCAGCUGCUUGAAGUGGGGGCGAUCGGGCAAGCAUGACUACUCCGAAACAUCCGUGAGCGGCGUGUUCGGCUACAGGGCCCUUGUAGACGCUUACAGACAAGCUCCUCCCACUACAUUAGCCCUCAAGCAACUCGAGCACUACAGCGACAUGCAACCUCUUUUCAUGUCGUCGUGUUUUCUUAUGUGUCCCGGACGUGGCAGAGGACAGCAAAAUGAAUGUGAUUUGCUCGCACAGCACGUUCCCGAGUUUGCAGAAACCUUUAAGUGUAGCCAGGAGGCCAUCGUAAACACAACUGAGCAAUGUCAACUGCUCUAGAGAACUGUUGGCACAAGAACGUGUUCGAUGUACUUGCUUUAUUGCAGUGAUACUCACGUGACGAUAAAUGUUGUGUCGAACACUUUAGACUUGUCAAUUCUCUCUUUGUAACAGGACCUCUAUGUGAUCGCAUGGCACCCAAACCCUGUGCACAUUGUGAAUUUGCAUUCAUUGCGAACUUCCCUAUUCGCGCUCCUGAGGAAAUUGUACUUUCGUUCUCUCAGUACUUAUGCUUCUGUGAAUCAGGAGGGAAAAUGGGAGAUUAAGGACGCUUCCUUUUCUUUUUCAUUGACAUUAACGCAGAUAUUCGUUGAGAAAAGACUGACACGUGCUAUGUCAUCGGGCUUUAUGCUCGGCUAUGCCCGAUUUCUCUGUAGUUGUGUUGAUUAGACUAUUUCGCCGUGCGUGAGCAUGCUCCCGUCUUCGUGUUGAGUAAAUUAAUCGGUUAUCUUCGCCUUUUUUUAUACGCAUAAGGGUAUUUAUUUUUCUUCACCCACUGUGUGGUGCGGCAAAACAAAAAUAGUGCAACUAUUUUAUGAGCUCAUUUAUUCAGGGCUGUGUUUCGAACACGCCAAACGAUAUGGUCCAUGUCGAUUAAGAUGGAGCUCCCUGUGGUACUACGGCACAGCUACCGUGUUAUUUCGUAAGUUAUUAAUGCGACUAGCUUUCUUCGGGAGCACAUCCAGUUGGUGCAGUUUGUUUAUCCGUAUCUAACCUAUAACUCUGAACUUGUCACUGAGCAGCCGCUGAGCAGUCACUGAAGUGUAUAUUGGUUAAAGAAUCGGGUUGCUAUGCUGAAAGAGCCAGUUUUGAAAUCAACCGUCGGGCUGACAACGGUCACUGAGAAUGUGUCGAUCUCUAAUGAAGCGCUUUACCGCCAACUUUGGUCACUGUUUAUGUACCACGAGCUAUGUGCCUAUCUUCAGUGAUCACAGUGACGAAAAUAAAAUUUAAACAUUCUGCAGUGCUGGAAGGAAUCGCGACUCCGUCGUAUAUAUUCAGACGAUGUUGCCUGAACACGCAUUCAUUCACGAGCUACGCGCAGACCUUCCAACGGCUUCAGUG